CUAUCAGACCUCCCCAACCUCUUCUCCCUUACAGCUUCACUCCCCCCCAUUCAUUUCCGGAGUCACAUCUAUCUCUCUCUCUACCUCUCACACUCAGCUACUUCAGAGGUUUCAAAAUUCCCGCGAAAAACUUCAACCGUAUGCGACGUUGAUCGAGUGUAAGUUGAGAAAGCUUACCUUAUUGGUAUCCUUUAUAUCUCAUGUUUUCACCGAACAUGAAAGGAGGAUAAUUCUGUUGACACUUGUAACAGUUGUAAUUAUCAAAAGUAUUGGUGCAACCUUGGUAUUGGCAGAGAUGUUGCAGUGGAUGGGAGGAUCUAGACGGAAGGUUACAACUUCUAGGAAGUCAACACAAAAGAGGCAAAAACAAUACUUUGAGCAAAGGAAACAACAGCAGCAUGAGACUGCAUUUAUAGAGAAUAAUGUUGACGAUUUAGACACAUUUGACCACCAAAAGAAAAACCGAUCGCUAGAUAUUUUGAGUCUUCUCAAUGUUUCAAAAGUUACAGAAGAAUGCAAGCCCUUAUGCGGUGUUGGGGGGUUGUCAAGUAUGACCAACAAAGUCACUCGUGCAAGCUCUGUUAAAGAUGUGGAUUCAAGUCUCACUGGGAAGUCUGGAGGCCAUGCCUUUUCAGCUAGCUAUCACACUUCCACAAGUUCGCCAGUCAGAAGACUCGGAACAACUGGUGAACUCUAUCCUGCAGGGUGCACUCUGCCUACCAGAACAAGGGUCCCAUCAUUACAUCAAAUGGAAAGAGCGUCCUCAAAAAGUUCAGUAGCUCAUCGCACUAGGGAGAACAGUACUUCAGACGUUAAAAAUGUAGAGUCAGAAUACACGAAGAGUACUUCUGCCAUCCAACCCUCCAUUUUUGAUAUAAUUGGCGAUGAUGGAGCAAUUGGUGCUUCAGAAAGAGAACCUGUACGAGAAGCUCAUGUUGCAUUCUCCAUUGAAGGUUUAGGUAAAGUGGGAACAGAAACACCUUUGCAGUCGCCUAAACAUCCUGGAAGUAUGCUGAAUGGUGAACAUCCCUCAUUUACAAAGGCUGCUAAAAACAUCAACUUAUGCAAAAACUUCAAUACAAUGCUGGAUGACCUUGAAAUGGAAGUGGAUGUUGAAAAACCAUCUCGUCGCAAUUGCUUAUUAGGAGACGAACAAUAUCCUAUUAGCAGUAUCAAGCAUGAACUACCAACAUUCAAAGAUGGCAUGCAAUUUGAUGACGGGCAAUGCAAGACAACCUCUCUUUAUGAUGAAGAUAGACAUGAUAAUUUUUGGAAUGGUAGAUCUCCCUGCUUGGACAACUAUCAGGUUGAUGAGAAAUGUGGAGUGAACUGGAAGAAAUAUAAUGCUACUACGAAUUCUUUUACCCGGAGAAAUGAUGCAUCAGAUUUUAAGUUUGAAAGUUUUUAUUCACAAUCACCUCCGAGGUGCCAAGAGAGAAUACCUGAUAGAUUUGAUAAAUUAGAUGGUGAUUGCAGUUUCCUAGUAUCUGAUGAACCCGAAUACUCUUCGUUUGUGCGCAAUUAUCAUCCUCAAGACUGCUACUCUCCUUUUAAGAAACUGCAAGAUACGCGGGAUAACCUGACCUCGUUUAGUGGAGAAUCUUGCUCAUCUACUGCAGUUGGGGGUGAGAGCACUGCUGAUUUUCCAUCUGCAAGAUACAUGAGAAGAUAUCGAGAGGAUCUGGACAUGCCAUCUAAGUCCAGUGAUUAUGAUGAACGAAUGUGGAAUGUAAUGCCUACUACAUUGAGACAAGGAGAAGAAUGGCAUCCGCCUAGAAAAUCUAUGAGAUCAGGCUCCUCACACCCGAAGUCUGCCUUAUUUUCAAGGGCUCCUGUCAAUGAAUCUGAAGACUAUCGUCUGUUUGAAGAGGAAUUCCCAUUGCCUAAGAUGAAUACACAUCCCAGGUCUUUCUCCACAUCAUUUGAGAAAAACCAACAUUGGAGCAGAGAUUCAUUUGGCCUUGAUACAGCAACUGAACUUCAUAGACCCGAAUGUUUUUUUGACGGUUCUGCGGAAGAUAUUCCUGAUGAGUUUUCAUCAGAAAAUUUUGCAUUCCAACAACCAUUCUGUUCAAGGCAAUCUCGUAAUACUUUCAUAUCGAAAGCUGUUUAUGGGGGAAGCUUACCUGGUGCGCGUGACUUUGAUGUCCAUGUUCAGUCUUCAAAUUCUUCCGAAGUUUUUGGAGACUUUGAGUCUGCAUUUCCUGCUCCGGAGUUAUCAGCACAGGAAAGUGUCACCGAGGAACGGGGAAACAGGUCUCAGAGCCAGCCAUCAUGUCCAGAAAAAGUAGUCCAAGUUUCCACUGAAGAGAAGAAUAUGACACCUGAAAGCAGGUUGCCUACUCAAGAAACUACUGUGAAGGACUAUACUAGGUCUCGAUAUAUGACUAAUACUGGUACCUCUCAAGAAGUAGCUGCACAUCAUAUGGAAGCAAAUGCAGAUUAUGUGUCAGAUAAUGAGCAGAACUCUCCUAUUAAAGAAUCACAAGGCAGUAUUCCAGUUCUGUGUCGACAGAAGGUCAAAGUUCGUGUAGAUGAUGUACGUUGUUUUAUGGGCAAAGAUGUGGAUGCUGACAAUCUAAACAAAUCUGAAGCUAAGACCGUGGUGAUUGAUCCAUGUUUCCAACUCAUGACAGUUGAAAGGUGUGUUUUAAAACUUUUCAGCGUGCCAAACAAAAAAGAUGCUGUUUGGAAUGCCAUGAAGCUGAUUUGAUGUGUGUACAAUUUAUCCUUCGUUCUUUUACGAGGGUAGACACUAGGUUGAACACAUUAGGGACACCGUUAAACAUGUUGAUAGUAGUAAUUCAAUGUUGAUGACAAUGUGACAUUGCUUUUUGUGCGAAUGUUUUGAACAAAGAACAAGAAUCUUGAUGGUUGGUUAUGCACUUAUGCCUCUUCCUCUCUUCCUCUUAGAGGCUGGAGAAGGCUUUUCCUUC